AUGGCCUCUCAUGGACCCCCCCUCCUCGAAUCUACCACCACUGGGACCCAAUCCCACGAUACCGCCCGCCCACUCCACAAAAAGCGCAAAACACGCCAUACAGCCGUGGACUGGGCCAACCAGACCAUUAACAUCCAGGCCCACGCCGCAUCUUUAUCGGAUGAUCCAUUCGUUCUAGAACCCAUCGCGGUGGUUCCGCGUUCCCGACUACCGCUCUCGUGGAUUGAGCCGUGUUCGACGCUGUCUCAGAUCCAGCAUGGGAGCCUAUUUGUUGCUGACAUCCCGGUACUAGAAGCUGAGUCGUCGAAAAGAGAACCGUCCGUGUUGGCGGUGCGGUUGAUCGGUGAUGGUGGACUGUAUGUGGUUGAGAGAGUCAAGGCAGGGAUAUAUGCUCUGUCGAAGCUGGUGAGGGGUAUUGAGGAUGGUGAUAUAUUUGUCGUGUUGAAAGGAUGGAGUCCAUUGGAGACUUCACUACGAUCAGUGCCUGCAACAGCAGGAGGAGACUGGUGGGAGAUAGCUCGUAUUGAUGAUCCCGGGAUGGAGUCGGAGGUAUCUGCUAAACGGACCAGGUUUGAGGUUUCGGUUGUGUUUGGAGUAAGUAGUGUCGUUGAGGAUGUCUGUAUGAAAGGUGUCUCGCCUAUGGAUUCGUCAGAAAGCAGGGCGCAGUCGCUGGCGCCUCGUCUGCCUCUGGAAAGAAGCGUAAGCUCGGACGCCCGGGUGUCUACGUCUGCACGGAUGCAGCAGUUGAAUGGCGUGUUGGUUUCGGAGGGUGUGGGCGAUGGUUUGUCAUUGCAGUCGCCGCAGGAGCUUCUGGAUAAUUUGAGAGAGCAGUACCUGCAGGCUCUCUAUAUAUCCAAGACUUCGCUGGCGUAUUUCGCUAAAGGACCUUUGACUCGCUACCGGGUCGCGUUCAAAUCGUCCAACUCUGAGCCUGCGAAGACCAACGAUCUCAUUGAUUUCUACCGGGAGACUAUCUUGACUGCGAAGAAAAUGGAUCUGAAGUACCGUGAGACGCUACCGGCUGCGAUUCAAGAUGCUAUAAUUUGCGUCUCCGACGAGGAGCCGUGCAAGGCGAAGAAGUCCAAAAAUAGGAAAAAGAAGUUGGGAAGGAAUGGGCUCUACCCUGAGGAAGAUCGGUUCGUCCGACGAUGGUGGAAGGACCGUUCCCUGGCUGAUCUGGGUACAUCGGAGGAAACGUUCCGAGAGGUAGAGAUGAAAAAACACAUUGCCGAUUUACGACUGCGGGAGACGCAGCUUCAGAUCCUUCUUAUCUUGGAGACGUUGGCUCUGGAAGCUGCUGGGGAGGCAAAGCCGGACAAAGAUAAUAGUGAACUGUCGCAUAAAACCCAGAAGAAGACGAAGAAAUUACAGGAGCUCAAGGUCAUGCUCGAGCUUCAUCUCGAUCGCCUAUGCAUUUGGCAUGCCGUCAGCUUUGAGGAUACGAGUGUUGAGGCAGCCAAGGCGAGCGAGAUGUCGGGGAAGAAGGUCGAGAGUGAUGCCCUUCGUGAUUUCUGUACGGAACUGAUCAUUCCCUUCUAUGCCUCUCGUCUACCGGAUAAAUGCAAGUCGAUCACGCGGAAACUCGGUGUUUCGAGUGCAGCCUCGUUUUCUUCGAAGCAAUCACAAGCCAAGAAGGUGCCGCCGCCCGGGGAGCCUGGAGCAGCUGAUGAACGGCAAGCUGUGCAGAAGCGUCCCCGUCGCGCGUUCCAGCGUGUGUUGACAGACGAACAAUCCACAUCUCAAAAUCGUCCGCCGUCGUUGAGUCGCUCCAGCACCACCCUCUCCCAUCCCGAGGCCAGACGAGAUUCGAUCGAUCCUCUCCUGCCCACGCUGAGCGCCAGUGUACGAGGGGGAAUACAGAAGGCGAAACGCGCGGAGAAUCGAGAGGUCGACCUGAUCGCCGUGUCGCGACAGCAUGAGACCAAAUUAAAAAAAGUGCAAAUGCUCACAGACCAGAAGAAAGAGCUUGAUGCCGCAAUCAAUGCUCUGCGGAAACCCAAUCGAGAACUGGUAGCCAAGGACAUUGCAGAAGAUGCGGACAAGAGACGCGGCAGUGCCAGGAAAUCCAAGAAUCCGGUGCGCAAUCCCCUAGGACAGGGUGUGCAGGUCGCAGCCACGCCCAGGGGAGGUCGAAGGAAGGACACAGUUAUUGGUCUACCUCCCCUUCCGCGGCGCUUUACACAAUCCUCAGCCCAACGCAAAGGCCAGGCACUGUUUAGUGACGAAUCCCCCAAGAUGUCUUCUAGUAUCCGCCCCAAUUCCUUCUCGGGGACACCUAGUACCAAGGACACGGGCGUGAUUCAGGAAACGCCUUCUCGACGUCCCGCCCAGGGAAUCGGCUCAUACGACGACGCAGUAGCAAGCGUAAGCGAGUCCCCCAGUCUAUCAAAGAACCAGUUCCGCGUACCUCCACAACCGAACCCUCGCUCGACUGAGAUGUUGGCUCCAUCCACGCCGGUCUCAUCUCGACACGUCGACGCCUUCCAUCGACCAGACUUCCCAGUAGGAUCCAAAUCAUCAAUAGUCACGGAAACACCACCGCCAAAACCUUCCGGCACCGUGAAAACCACACCAUCUACAAAGAUCUUAAGCACACCCGUGAAAGGAUCCUCCGCUCAGAGGGGUACUAUUCCAGUGACUCCAGAGAAAUCCAUAUAUGAGCAAUUAGGCUGGGACGACGAUGAUCUGGUAUUGUAG